AAACCAUAAAUUACCCAGAUGUGUUUCACAGUGGCAAGAAUCUUACACGUUUAACGGGGUUAGUUGGCUAAUUUAAAAUACAUCCAAUAAGGAAAAGAAAAUGAUUCUUCUGAGCUGGGGGUCUCCUGUAGCCUGAGUUGGAGCAGAACUUCCUCCAAAGUGCUAGGCUUACAGGCACGCACCACCAUGCCUUGUUUAGAAGAAAACCAUUACAAUUUUUCAAAGAACAUUUAAGGAACAAGGUAGACAACACAUUUAUCUUAAUAUGUAAUUUUGUGUCAUUGUCUCAAAAACAUCUUGUUCAGUGGAUUAAAAAGGGUCCGUCCACUUUAUGAGCGUAUGCAUAUACUCAAUGCAAAAAAAAUUUUUUUUUACAGUAUUGUAAGUCCCAAAGCUGAGGUGGCCCGGGCACAGGCAGCACUGGCGGUGAACAUCAGCGUGGCACAGGGCCUGCAGGAUGUUCUGAGGACCAACUUGUGGCCUAAGGACACCAUGAAGAUGCUUGUUUCUGGUGCUAGAGACAUCAAGCUUACUAAAGAUGGCAAUGUGCUGCUUCAUGAAAUGCAAGUCCAACACCCAACAGCCUCUCUAAUAGCAAAAGUAGCUACAGCCCUGGAUGACAUCACUGGCGAUGGUACCAGGUCCAAUGUCCUUAUCAUCGGGGAGCUGCUGAAGCAGGCCGACCUCUACAUUUCUGAGGGUCUUCACCCCAGGAUAAUAACUGAAGGUUUUGAAGCUGCUAGGGAAAAGGCACUCCAGUUUUUGGAACAAGUCAAAGUGAGCAGAGAGAUGGACAGAGAAACCCUGAUCGAUGUGGCCAGAACAUCUCUGCGAACUAAAGUUCAUGCUGAACUUGCAGAUGUCUUAACAGAGUCUGUAGUGGACUCCAUUUUGGCCAUUAAGAAAAAAGAUGAACCCAUUGACCUCUUCAUGGUUGAGAUCAUGGAGAUGAAACAUAAAUCUGAAACUGAUUCAAGCUUAAUCAGAGGGCUUGUUUUGGAUCAUGGAGCACGGCAUCCUGAUAUGAAGAAAAGAGUAGAAAAUGCCUACAUCCUCACGUGCAACGUGUCCUUAGAAUAUGAGAAAACAGAAGUGAAUUGGUUUUUCUACAAGAGUGCGGAAGAGAGAGAGAAACUAGUGAAGGCUGAAAGAAAAUUCAUUGAAGACAGAGUUAAGAAGAUAGUAGAGCUGAAAAGGAAAGUCUGUGGUGAUUUCGAUAAAGGAUUUGUCAUCAUUAACCAAAAGGGGAUUGACCCCUUUUCCUUAGAUGUCCUUGCAAAAGAAGGCAUUGUGGCUCUGCGCAGGGCCAAGAGGAGAAACAUGGAGAGGCUGACACUUGCUUGUGAUGAUGGGGUAGCUCUGAAUUCCUUUGACGAUCUGAAUCCUGUGGGCCAUGCAGGUCUUGUCUAUGAGUAUACGUUUGUUGAAGAGAAAUUCACCUUCAUUGAGAAAUGUAGCAAGAAGAUUCUUGAAAUUCUAUCUGUUUUGUUCCAUGUUACACUGGCUUGUGCCAGUUCUGUACUUGAGAGAUUCAGGACUGAGGUUCCAGUGGUUAUUGUUUAUAAAUCCCAAAAUGAAACAGGCAGCUUUUUGGCUUAUUCUUCAGUGAGAGGUACUUUGCUUAGUGGACUAAUGUCUGAUUGUAGAAAAUUGAUUAUGCACACUACCUUGCAGAAACGUUCACUGAAAGUAGAUUGCUAG